AUGCCCACUUCUGCUAUAGACGACCUUGUUCACAACAUACUUGCUGAAGUCGUUUCUACGAUUAUGAGUACCCCCGCAUCAUCUACGCUUGUCAAUAGAAUAUCCUCCCAAACACAGACACCCUUCAUCCACGCUUCAUCGCCUUCAUCUUCGAUUGAACUCAGUCACGCAUCGGACAAACAAGAAUUUGCUACACAUCUGAUCUCAGCCAUCUGUACCCCCGUCGACUUCACAGAUAUUCUCGUCGCCCUACAAAAUCGCCCGCAAGAUCGACAAGUGGUGGUUUCUAUGCAACGAGCAUUAGAAAUGGUCGAGUGGAUGCAGACAGCCAGACAAGAGCUCAUCGCAGCAGAGGAGAGGACGAGUAGAGCCCGAACCAGAGUCGACCAAGUCUGGUUUCUGAUGCGCAGUACAGUCAGUCGUACAGCACAGGAGAUCUGGAGGGAGCAUGGAGAUGAAGACAUCGGGCACAUCCUCGGAUACACCACUGAUGGGAGACCCGCAUCCACUCCUCGUUCAUCACCAGAACCAAUUCCUGUUCGACCUCGCCCCCCUCAUUCACAUGUACCUCAGGUCAAUCCCCAUUAUCGCAACCCUCCUUCUCACACGCAUCGACUUCUUUGUGUCGCAGUCAUCCCUGUCGUGAUGGACGUAUGCAUGAACAAGGACCACGAACUGGCCGAAGGACGUGCUACAGAUGUGGAGGUGAUCAUUAUGUCCGGGACUAUCCCCGACGACGAUGAAGACUACAAAUAUUUCUUGUGGGACAAGAAAUGUUAG